AUGAAUACAAAAAUUUUGAAACAGGAGGUUUUGGCUGUGACAUUAAAAAUGGACACUUUGUUGAAAGAGGCAAAAGAAAGCAUUGAAGCGGCACAGAACUACCGAAGUGAACUACAGCUUCGUCUGCAUGGCCUCAGCCAGGCUCGCACUCAGGUUCAGGGUAGCUCAUGUCAGGCCCGCGAGGCCCUCCGGAGGCACUUCCUGGAGCUGCAGGCAGCCGUGACCCGGUUGCUGUCAGAACGUCUGACCACCCUCCUAUCUGAAGUGGACACCAUUGAGGCCGAAAGUGUCAAACCACUAGAUGAGUGUCAGAGCCUAAUAGAGCAUGGUGUGAGCCAGGCGGACGAGCUGCUUAGAGAGGGUGAAGCAGCUCUGCACUGCGUUCCUGGGGAGGACAAACUAGGCACUUUUAAUAAGAAGGCCAUGCACAUCCAACUGGACAGUCUACCAGAGGUACCUGCAUUGGUGGACGUGCCGUGUGUUGCAGCCCAGGUGGACAACUCACUUCUGGUGCUUCUGAGGGACCAGGUCUCCCGCCAUGGCUCUAUCUUCUCUCAACCACCAGUGCAGAUAGAGGAGCUGCAAGAAAGACCAGGCGGGAUCAUGGUCCGCUGGUGUAAAGUCAGUAAAAAUACAUGGUGCAUUUUAACACCCGUUCCAAGUCAUUUGAGCCACCACAGCAGUAGUCUGCGUUGGGCUCAGGAGUUCAGGCACAGGGAUCCCUCUGUAUACUACAUUUACUUUAGCAAUUUUCAGUACAUCCUGGAAAUACAUCCACUGCUUGAUAUUUCUACUAGAUGUUUAUGGCAGUAUCUUAUAUGUAGAUUUGAAAAGUGUGUGUGUGUGUGUGUGAUCAUGAUAGAGUGGUGCCCAGGUACUGAGGGCUACGUCCUGAGCAGCAGGAGAAACAUUGCCCUGCGCCAUGACUCCUCCCAAACGAAAUGCCAAGUUCUUUACUCCAAAGCUCCUACAUACUACUGUGGCCAGACACUGACUUUCAAGAUCUCUGCAGCAGGUCAAAUGGACCGAAAGGACAGCCUGGGUGUGUGCGUGGACAAUAAGAAAGGGGAGGAGUCACUUCAACGAGACCAGGCUGUCUGCGUUUCUUCCAAUGGUGCUGUUACUGUUAAUGGUAAAGAGAUGACCAACCACCUUCCGGCCAUUACCACAGGAUCAUCCGUGACCUUUGACAUGGAGGUGGUGAACCUGCUGCCGCAGAGCGACGGCUCUGGCCUCAAACUCAGAGUGACCAUCGGUUCUGGGAACCGGGAGGUGGUGUUUGAUUGGCUUGUGGACCAGGCGACAACGGACUGCCUCUUUUUCGGCUGCUCCUUUGUCCACACGGGCUGGAAGGUUCUGGUGUUUUAAGGAGUUAUUGUUUUGCUUAAACGAGUGGCAGAACACGCUGCGAUCAGCUGUCACGUCGGACCUGGAAAUAGUCCAGCUUUUCCUCACAGUGCACAUUCGCCACCGUUCCUUUUUCCUUCUCCUUCCUUGUGGUAAAGUGCUCACAAGGACAACUGUGACAACAAAACGACCCGAAGAGUACGUUUUCCUCAGGCAUGAUGCAAUUCUGCGGCCUUUUAAAACACAGUGGAGCGUCCAAUAACAGUGACUCACGUCAUCUAUUUCUGUCAGUAGUGCAGUGCAGUAAGACCGGAUUACGGAAUUGAAAGUAUGAAUAAGGACAAAAAGUGUUGGUACCUCUAUGUAGGACAAGUUGAAGUUAAUCUAAUUAGUUCUAUAUUUGGAUGUUUACUAAAAUGAUUGGCAAUACUUCAAAGUGAAUAAAAAGAUAAACCAAUGGUAA